CUUAAGCGGGCCGGGGCCGCCGCCGCCGGGGGCCGCUACCGGCUCUGCCCGCUCCUACCGGCGCCGCCGGCCCCUGCCUUGGGACUUACCUCACGCCUCCGCCGCACCUCAGGACGAUAACGCGGAGACCGUGCCCGCCGCCAUGCCCGACUCUCCGGCCGACGUGAAGACUCAGUCCCGCUCCUCGCCGCCCGCCAUGCCCCCGCCGCCGCCCGCCGCCUCGCAGGGAGCCCCACGCCACCCCUCCUUCGUGCCCAGCACCGAUCGAGACGCUGGCCCUGCGACGUUUCUGCCUCGCGGCCGUUUUCAUGGUUGCUUGAAAUGGUCGAUGGUCUGUCUUUUGAUGAAUGGGAGCAGCCACUCACCGACCGCCAUCAACGGGGCUCCGUCCACCCCCAACGGGUUCAGCAAUGGGCCAGCCACCUCCUCCAGCGCCUCCCUAUCCACCCACCAGCUCCCUCCGGCCUGCGGUGCCCGCCAGCUCUCCAAGCUCAAGCGCUUCCUCACCACCCUGCAGCAGUUCGGGAACGACAUCUCCCCCGAGAUCGGGGAGCGGGUGCGCACCCUCGUCCUGGGGCUCGUGAACUCCACCCUCACCAUCGAGGAGUUCCACGCCAAGCUCCAAGAGGCCACCAACUUCCCGCUGCGACCCUUCGUCAUCCCCUUCCUCAAGGCCAACCUGCCGCUGCUGCAGCGGGAGCUGCUGCACUGCGCUCGCAUGGCCAAGCAGACCCCGGCCCAGUACCUGGCGCAGCACGAGCAGCUGCUGCUGGACGCCAACGCCUCCUCUCCCAUCGACUCCUCCGAGCUGCUCCUGGAGGUGGGCGAGAGCGGCAAGAGGAGGACGCCAGACAGGACCAAAGAGAACGGUUUGGACCGAGACCCCCUGCACCCCGAGCACCUCAGCAAGCGGCCGUGCACCAUGAGCCCCGCGCAGCGCUACAGCCCCAGCAACGGGCUGAGCCACCCCCCGAACGGGCUGGGGCACCCCCCGGGGCCCCCGCUGCCCCAGCACUACCGCCUGGAGGACAUGGCCAUGGCACACCACUACCGGGACACCUACCGGCACCCCGACCCCCGCGAGCUCCGCGAGCGCCAGCGGCCUGCCGCCGUGCACGGGACGCGGCAGGAGGAGGUGAUCGACCACCGGCUCACGGACCGCGAGUGGGCGGAGGAGUGGAAACACCUCAACAACCUGCUGAACUGCAUCAUGGACAUGGUGGAGAAGACGCGGCGGUCGCUGACGGUGCUGCGGCGGUGCCAGGAGGCCGAUCGCGAGGAGCUCAACCACUGGAUCCGGCGCUACAGCGACGCCGAGGACAUGAAGAAAGGCAGUCCCCCCUCCGCACGCCCCCACAACUCCUCCUCCGCUGCCACCGAGGCUCCCCAGUUAGACGCUCACCGGGACUUCGCGCCACGGCCGCUCUCCGGGUACAUGCCCGAGGAGAUCUGGAGGAAGGCUGAAGAAGCCGUGAACGAGGUGAAGCGCCAGGCCAUGUCCGAGCUGCAGAAGGCCGUGUCGGACGCCGAGCGCAAAGCCCACGAGCUGAUCACGACGGAGCGCGCCAAGAUGGAGCGGGCCCUGGCCGAGGCCAAGCGCCAGGCGUCCGAGGAUGCCCUCACCGUCAUCAAUCAGCAGGAGGACUCCAGCGAGAGCUGCUGGAACUGCGGGCGGAAGGCGAGCGAGACGUGCAGCGGCUGCAACACCGCGCGCUACUGCGGCUCCUUCUGCCAACACAAGGAUUGGGAGAAGCACCACCACGUCUGCGGGCAGACUCUGCAGGGGCUGCCGGGCCCCGCCGCCCCCGGGCCGGGCCAGCCCGACGCGGUGCCCGCCGUGGCCAGCAGCCCCAGCGAGGCGGGCUCGGUGGCCGCGUCCCGCGCCGCCACUCCGGCCACGCCGGCCCCGCUGGACAGCGCGUCCCGCUGAGCCGCCUCGGACUGCACCCCGUGCGAUUUCCUCAGCUACCUGACUCGUGUGACCUCCGAAACGACCUCUCUAGCUCUCACAACUAAUCCUCACGGAUCCUCAAACUGGGCUUUAAGUGGAGUUAAGGCAAAUACCGGUCUCUGUUCUUUCUUCGGUCUUUGUUUUUUCGGCUUUUUUUCGGUCGGUUUUCUAUCGGCUGGGGGAUUGUGGUUUGGGAUUUUUUGGGUUUUUUGGCUGUUUUUAUUUUUCUUUUUUGCUCGUUGGAUGAGGGAUUUGGCUCCAGCAUCACCACGCAGUGCUGUGGGGAGAGACCAGCCCGAUCCCAUCCCCCAUCGGUGCUGCUGAGGGGCUCCCUUGGAGGAGGAAAGAACCUUCUUUCCUUCAUCUCUCUCUUCCUAUUUUUUUUUUUAAUUUUUACCUCUUUUUUUUUUUUUUUGUAAAAAAAUAAAGAAAAUAAAAAAGAAAACGUCGGACUCUUUGGCUUUAAGUAAGAAAUUGUAAAAAAGCAAAAAAAAAAGCAAAAAAAAAAAGGAAAAAUCCAAAAACCAGACGACGCGUGACGGACGCUCACCUGUAACUACCUUGCUAGCUAGCCAAGAACAGACCAGACCCACCUCUGCUCCAAAGGAAAUCCAAAACCAAGGAAGAUCCAAACGUCUCUCCACUGCCAAAGUUCGUUUCGUUCUGUUGUCGCUUCCUUCCCCUCCCCACAAGGAUGGAUGGACAUGCCCCUGGGGCUUUAAAGAAUUUCUAUUAAAAUAAAGCAAAAAAAAAAAAAAAAAAGUGUUUUUUUACUAAAACCCCAACCCCCAAGGUGUGGGAGGGGGAGAUGGGGCUGAGAACCGCAGCUGGAGCCGGCACAUCUCUACCUCUGCCCGCCACCGCCCUGGGAAAGGAGAACAAAAAGGAGAUUAAAAAAAAAAAAAAGAAUAAUUAAAAAAAUAAUUUAAAAAAAAGGAAAUUAAAAGAUGGAUUUUGGGUUUCUCCCUCCCCGAAGCCGUCGGGGGACCCCCCCAUCCCUUCACUGCCAGGCUGCUCCCACACCCCCGCGCUGGAUUUGUUUCACAAGGAUUUUUAAGAGGAAAAGGAAAAGGAAAGGAAAAGGAACGCUGCCGCCUUCCUGGCCAAGGACAAUGUGGAUUAUUUGGGAUUCUUGCCUCGCCGGAGCGGCACGGAGGACGGAAGUGCAAUAGGGAAAGUCUGAGCUCCGAGCGGAGGCAGCAGUGCUGUGCGCUAAUGUGAAUGUAAAUAGUGUCUGCAGAGGUCCAAAAAUGAAUAAUAAUAAUAAUAAUAAUGAUGCUAGUGAUAAUAAUAAGAGACGUUUGCCAAAUAAAGGAUGAGGAGGAGGCGUGGAGCCGUGGCGCUGGCCGGAGCGAGGCCUGGCAUCGAGAGGAGCUGUAGUUUUUCCGCAUUUGCAAAACCCAUCCUGUGUGUUUUCCCUACGGGAGGAAGAGGAGGGAAGGGCUCGGGGCAGGGGGGCUGAGCCACAGCAGAGCUUGGGACACGCCAGGGGUGAUGUCCCUGGUCCUGUGCCACCGGCACCCGGCCCUGCUGGUGGCUCUGUGCGCCCCAAAGCCUUGGUGCAGCCCCUGGGAGGGUUCUGUGCACCCCAAAAUCUUGGUGCAUCGCCUUGGAUGAGUUCUGUGCAGCCUAAAACCCUGGGGGGUUUCUGUGCACCCCAAAAUCAUCGCCUUGGAUGAGUUCUGUGCAGCCUAAAACCCUGGGGGGUUUCUGUGCACCCUGAGCUCUCUCUGAAUCCUCCCAGGCUUCUUCUUCUGAGGUCUUGGUGCAUCCCCCCAGGAGGUUUCUCUGCACCCCAAGGUCUUGGGGCAUCCUCCUGGGAAGGUUCUGUGCACCCCAAGGUCUUGGUGCAUCCCCCCAGGGGUUUCCUGUGCACCCCAAGGUCUUGGGGCAUCCCCCCCCAGGAGGUUUCUCUGCACCCCAAGGUCUUGGGGCAUCCUCCUGGGAAGGUUCUGUGCACCCCAAGAUCUUGGUGCAUCCUCCUGGGAAUGUUCUCUGCACCCCAAGGUCUUGGGGCAUCCUCCUGGGAAUGUUCUCUGCACCCCAAGGUCUUGGUGCAUCCACCCCCAGGAGGUUUCUCUGCACCCCAAGGUCUUGGGGCAUCCCCCCAGGGGUUUCCUGUGCACCCCAAGGUCUUGGGGCAUCCCCCCAGGGGUUUCCUGUGCCCCCCAAGACCUCGGUGCACCCCCUGGGUGGUUUCUGUGCCCCCCCCCCCACCCUGGGAGCUUCACCCCUCCCGUGACUGUUCACUUUAUUUAUGGUGUGACAUAUGUAAUAUUGUCUAUUUUUCUUACGUUUCCUGAGAAGAGGUAAUAUAUAAGAGUAUUGCAGAUGCCCCUGCUCGCCCGGGUGUCCGGCCCGUCCCCUGCCAUGUCCCCAACGUGUCCCCAAUGUGUCCCCACCGUGUCCCCCCCGUGUCCCCGCCGUGUCCCCGGCCCCGCUCCUGCCGGGGCUCUGCCUCUCUACCUCCACCUCGCCGGGAAACCGCGGGCGAGAGCACUUCCACAGGGGCUGCUCUCCUUUCCACUCCGCUCCCUGCUGGUUUGCUUUUUUUUUUUUUUUUGGAAUUAUUAUGAUUUUUAAAAAAUUUUUUAAUUUUAAUUAAGAAUAAAACUACCCUACAGAACCUUGCAUUGAAACCAAAAGCCGAGGGAGGGGAGGGAGGGGACGGCGGUGACGGGCGGCCAAACCAGAACGACAGCUUUAAAUGUGAGAUUUCCCAAAAAAAAUUAAAAAAAGAAAAAAAAAAAAGAAAAAAAAAAAGAAAAUUGUGCUGCGGGGAGGACGGAGCGGCCAAACCUCGGGGGUUUGCUCGAAAUGGUGGCGCUGGGGGACAAGGGACGUGUGCCACGUGCUGUGCCCCUUCGGUGGCACCGUGGUGCUGGCACAGCCUGGGGACGCGGGGUGCCACAUCGGGUCCCCGUGGCUGCUCACAGCUCCCGGGUUCCCCACUCCCGUCACAGCUGGGGCCGGGGGACGGUGCUGGGGACACGGGGACAGCGUGUCCCAGGUCCCCAGGGCGCUGGGUGCUGGGGUGCCACCAAGCUGGGGAGGUGGCAGGAGGGACGCGGAUCCCCGCUGCCCCUCUCCAGCCCCUUCCUCACGUUCCCAUCCCAAAAUCCCAGCUGAAACCAUCCCAAAAUCCCAGCUGAAACCAAAGUGCCACGUCCCGGCCAGGCUGGAGCGGGGGUCCCACGCCUGCCUGGCUUUUGCUCCAUCACUGCCAGAGCCCCCCGAACUCCCCCUGCAGCAUCUCCUCCUCCUCCUCCUCCUCCGGGGGCUGCUGGGGUCCCCCUCUGGCUCCCAGUGGGUCUGAGGCUGGGGACAAGAUGCCACUGUGUGUUCCCAGGUCGCAGCACUGUGAUGGGGUGUCCCCACUGCGGUGACAGCCCCGAUGUCACCGAACGCCACUGCCCCGGGAAGGGAGGUCGUGCCCGUGUCCCCCAUCCCUCCCUCCCUCCCUCCCUCCCGGCGGCGGCAUCACCGCUUCCCCGACCCCGUGCGGGGCUGAGCCCUGCCCGUGUCGCCCUGGGAUGGGGACACCGAGCACGGGGGGCCCUGAGGGGCUGGAAAGCGGAGCCCCCCGGCAGGGCCAGGCGUGGGGUGCAGCCCAGAGAGAUGAUGUGGUAGGACUUUCCUUCGGCAUGCUGUCCCCCCCUUGCUGUUCCCCGCUUUCUCUAAGUGUACUGUAUGUUUGACCUGUGAAAGAUGUAAACUUUAUGAUUCAGGUUAUGUCUGUUCUUAACUCUGUAUCUGUGUAAUAAAGACAAUUUAAUAUCAA